AUGAAGACUGAGUUGACCACGAGUAACUUGUGCGUGGCAUGUCAGGCGAUUUUCCAGUCAGGCACUCCCAGGAGUGAUUCUGGCGAGGUUGUCCACCAUGGCCUCGAGGCACUGGCCGUCCGGGCGGGCAAAUGCCACCUCUGCCUGACUGUUUUCAUGUCCAUCGACCCUGAGGCUUACAGCAGCUUUCGCCGAGGGUCAACAGCCGACUCGAUGGGAUUUGCAUGGAUCUCUCCCAUCGCACGCGACCAGGCACGAUUGAAGUUUCGAUAUGUGAAGCCUACAACGGCGGACAGAGCCACUCCAAGCACCAAUAGCUCGAAGACAAGUCUGGGUUGGCUCGAAUCGGAGCUGGGUUUGGUGGUGGAGUUGAUAUUGAUGCAUCCCAAAUAUGCUGUUGAGCCGGGGGUGAGAACCAUUGAUCCAAGAUCUGUCAGUACUGCGUCGAAGGAAAGUUUCGAUCUUGCGAAGCAGUGGAUCCAGGAUUGUACCUUCAACCAUAUGAAAUGCUCUGUUGCGGAGACCAACGCCACAUGGAAGCCGACGCACCUGCUGGAUGUGACUGUACGCGGUCCGAGGGGUUCUCCCGGGGUGAAGCUUGUUGACGGCAUCUUCGUCGAUCGGCUGAGCGAUUAUGUGACUCUCAGUCACUGCUGGGGUAAGUCUAAGACAGUUCAACUGCAUAAAGGCACUCUGGCGGCGUUGCGGCAAGGAGUGGGCGUUGCGAGUCUGCCAAAGACCUUUGCGGAUGCCGCGAUCACGGCGGAGCGACUAGGAUUUCGGUACCUCUGGAUUGAUGCUCUUUGCAUCAUGCACGACAAUGAGCAGGCCGUCCUGAAGGAGAUUGCUCAAAUGCACCGCGUCUACUCCGAAGCCGCACUCAACCUUGCUGCCGACGCGUCGAGGGAAGAUACCGGCGGCUUAAUAUGUUCACGCAAUGUGUCAGCAUUGCAGCCUUGUACCGUGGAAAUCAACGGUCUGGGUAUUGACGACGGCAUGUACAAAAUCCUUCGAUGCACCCUCUGGCACGAUCUCGUCGAUUCAUCCCCCCUGAGCAAGCGAGCGUGGGCUUUCCAGGAACGAUGUCUUGCCAAGCGGACAUUACAUUUCACGAGGAACGAGGUGCUGUGGGAAUGUCAACAGAUGUGUUGUUCAGAAGUGUUUCCUAAAGGACUGCCUGCCACCAUGGGCACCCCUUCCACCCAAGAGUCAGCAGAGACGUUCAGCAAACGCGCCCACCAUCAGCGGCACGGGACCUGGCAUCAGCUAAUCAAGAUGUACAGCACCAAGCAACUCACCUUCAGUUCGGACAAGCUGCUCGCCAUUGCUGGUCUCGCAAAUCAAUACAUGGCGCGGAACCGUUUACACGACUACGACUACCUUGUGGGGCUGUGGAAGCCCCAACUGCCGCAUGCCCUUUUAUGGCGAGUCGAACAGGGUCGCAGGCCAACCAAAUACCGAGCGCCGACCUGGACGUGGGCGUCGAUCGACGGAGAAGUCACAUACCCCGAACCGGCCCAAUCGGCACGGGAGACUUGUAUAGAAGUGAUCGAUUUGGACAUGAAGUAUAAACCCAACAAUUUCGGGAUGGUGGAAGGCGGGAAGAUGAAGGUCCGAGGAUUCAUGGCUCGGGGACUCCUAUGCAGAACACAGGACUACUGGGGCCAGACGCCCUGCGUGGUGCAAUGCACCAAGGCCCAGGUCGAGCUUGAAUCGGCAUCCUUCGACGAUCGGCUGCCCAAACUCUCCGAUGCAUCGGGGAUGUUGACGGAGAUGCUGGAAAUAUACCUGUUGCCCGUGAUUGACGUGGUGGACCGGGUGGAAGGCCUGCUCCUCUGUGCCACCAUGAAGAAGGGCGAGUUCCGACGGAUUGGCGCAUUCGACGUGUCAAGGUACGACCAGGUCAACUGGGAUCGAUUGCGAAGUGUGAUGAAAGGAGAUGCCGACAUGCACAAUUACGAAGAGCGACUGGAUCACACGAACGGGUAUUGGUUUGCCAGCGACUACACAUACACGAUCAACAUCGUCUGA